UGCAGAGGAGCAGUAAGCCCUGAGCAUAGCUGGGUGUGACCCAACAACAGGAAGAAAGUUUCCACACCGACGACGUAGCACUUGCCCUGGGUGUGUGAGGCCCCGGCUCUGAUCUCCAGCACUGCAGGUAAAAGCUUCCAGGCUGUCCCAGUGGCUCAGAGAGGCGCGGCCCGACCCCUGACACGGCGGCAUGGAAAAGAUCCAGGAUGUGACCCGGCCGCCGCUGGAGUACGUGAAGGGGGUCCCCCUGAUCAAGUACUUCGCAGAGGCGCUGGGGCCUCUGCAGAGCUUCCAAGCCAGGCCCGAUGACCUGCUCAUCUGCACCUACCCCAAAUCUGGCACCACCUGGGUGAGCGAGAUUCUGGACAUGAUCUACCAGGGCGGUGAUCUGCAGAAGUGCCGCCGGGCCCCCAUCUUCAUCCGGGUGCCUUUCCUCGAGUUCAAGGGGCCAGGGCUCCCCUCAGGGAUGGACACGCUCAAAGACACACCAAUCCCUCGGAUCCUCAAGACACACUUGCCCCUUAGCCUGCUCCCCCAGACCUUGCUGGACCAGAAGGUCAAGACCGUCUAUGUCGCCCGCAAUGCAAAGGACGUGGCCGUCUCCUAUUACCACUUCUACCGCAUGGCCAAGGUGCACCCGGACCCCGGCACCUGGGACAGCUUCCUGGAGAAUUUCAUGGCUGAGAAAUUGUCCUACGGAUCCUGGUACCAGCACGUGAAGGAGUGGAAGGAGCUGAGCCAAACCCACCCGAUUCUCUAUCUCUUCUAUGAGGACAUGAAGGAGAACCCCAAAAGGGAGAUUCAGAAGAUCCUGGAGUUCCUGGGGCGCUCCCUGCCGGAAAAGACUGUGGAUUACAUCGUCGAGCAGACGUCCUUCAAGGAGAUGAAGAAGAACACCAUUAAUGACUUCAAGAACGUCCCCACUGAAGUGAUGGACCAGAGCAUCUCUGCCUUCAUGCGGAAAGGCAUUGCAGGGGACUGGAAAAACACCUUCACCGUGGCCCAGAACGAGCGCUUCGACGCCGACUAUGCCGAGAAAAUGGCCGGCUGUGGCCUUCACUUCCGCACGGAGCUCUGAGGGAGCCAGGCGGGGAGAGCCUGGGCGGGGUGCGGGGCAAGCCCAGUCCCUGCCAGAAUAAAGCACGGCUGUGCCA